GAUCUUUCGUAUCGCACGGUUUCGAACGAAAUUGGAUCCGUGAGAGAACAGUGAAAAGACGCAGUAAUUGGAGUCCUUGUUACAAAUAAAAAUUUCUCCGAAAUGUUUUCAUCGUUUAUAUCGUAUGAUACAAAUUCAGACACUCUCGGUUUAAAUGUUAAUUCUGGUAGAUCCGCGACAACAAGAUUUAUUUAAAAGGUUAAGAACCGCUUAUCUGGUGUUUAACAGACGCGAUAAAACGAGAAACAUAGCGAAUGACGAAUGCAGUAUUUCUCGAAAUCCUCGCGAGAAUUGCGGGAAACUAGGAUUGGAUUAGUCAAGUUUUCCUUGUGCUUGAAAUGGGAAAGUUUAUGUACGUUAAUAACGUUGAAGAUAAUAGAAAAUAUAUAUGAGGAAUCGGUGGAAGCCUUAGGCAAUUAUCUCAUCGAAGGAAACUGCAAUUAUUCUGAUCUGUGGUCUUAGGAAUUACCAAUGAAGUGUAAAAGUCAUUGUAUACUCCCGAGAAUAGUUGACGCUUACGGAUCGGACGUGUAGAUCGAUUUACCGCGUGAAUCAUUAGGAAUUUUUAAAAUUAUCUUCUCAAGUAUUUUGAGAUUAAGGGAUCGAGACGAUAUGGUUAUUAUGGUCGAAUUUGUUUUUUUGUACGAGCAAAGUUGGACAAAAUUUAAUUUGAUUAUUGAUUACAUUUGCCACGAUUCGAUUAAUAUAAUCAGCGCGUUAUUAAACUGUAAUCAUACGUUAGUUAACGUAUCGAUGCGGUAUCAUCAUUAUCGUAAAUCUUUAAAGCGUGUUAUAACUAUCUAAUUAUAGUAUGAUUAGAAUGAAAUUACAUUUCAACUCGUGCCCCUUAAAAUAGUGUAACUUUUUUAUAACAUACGACAGAUAAAUAUAAUUGUUAUUACUCAGUUUGUGAUUUAUACUCAUAAAAAUUGACGCAAUAACGUUUCUAAUCCCACUGUAUUUCGACUUAAGUAAUAACAAAUUAAUUCUUCACAUAUUCGCCUCGAAUUUAUAUUAUACUUUUUUCCUUAAACAGUAUCUGCUCUUGAGCUACUUUUACGGGGAAAAACUUUUGAUUAUAGGACCUCGUUCUUGUGCAACAGACAUUGAAAACAUUUUUCUUAUCUGCUCAUGUAUUACACAAGAACUUUAUUUCUAUUUCUAAACAGCAAUCGAUUGAAACAAUCCCUUGAUUAAUGAUUAAAAAUCAAUCGUCGGGACCUGUGAUAUUCUCUGAACGAAAUUUUUAAGAGAUCGAAGUUUUCGAUCGCGCGUUCCGGAUGUACCGAUAUCCGGAUUAAAGAGACUCGCCGCAACCGACAUGGUGAUUCCCUGCUUUACGACACCAAAUUGGAGAUAAUACCUAAAAUGACGCAAGCUAAGAAUACCUGGGUUUUCUGUUAGAGUGACAAAUGCAUUUCCCGAACGAAUAAAAACUGCGAACAAUGAACACACGAUUAUCAUUUGCGUUCACGCGUUUCGACGAUAAGGUGCAUCGAAUUUGUCGGAGGUUCGUACCGUGUAGUAAUUCACACACGUCGCGAAAAUUACGCUCAAUUAUACAUUUAGUUGUAGCUGUUAGGCACAAAAGAACUUUAAUUAGACGCUCGUUUGCCGUGUCGAUCGCGACUCUAAUCUGUCUUUUUUGUUUACAGGUGACACUGGCCUCUAAUUGGAUACAAUGAAACUGUACAUCCUGCUCUCCCUUCUGGCGCAAUUGGCGUUCGCUUUUCAACAUCCGUUUCAGUUUCAGCCCGACCAUUUGGAUACCAACAACGAAACCAAAGGAUGUUGCAACUGCAACUUCAAAGACACGUCGUACAUGGAGUCCAAGUGCGGCGUGACCAACUCCUUCAUGAAUCUGAUACAAAAAGUAAUAACCGCCAGGUGCGACAUUUCUGAUCCCUGUAGCAGGCUUGGCAGAGAGGAUGUACCUACUGGAGAAUGGUUCGACUUCAUCGUCGUCGGCGCCGGGGUGGCUGGUCCUAUAGUCGCCAGGAGAUUGAGCGACAAUCAAUGGUGGAAGGUUCUGUUGAUCGAAGCAGGACCGGAAGAGCCAUCGAUGACUGCCAUUCCAGGACUGGCGACUCAUGCUGUCAACUCGAGUGUAGAUUGGAAAUUCAAAACGGAACCCACGGAGCCCCAUCCCACCGCAUGUUUAGAGACCAAUGGUGUGUGCACCUGGCCACGAGGAAAGAUGGUGUCCGGGACCAGCGGCAUGCACGGGAUGAUGUACGUGCGCGGACACCCGGAAGUCUACAACAGCUGGGCCAGGUCCGGUGCUAUCGGAUGGUCCUACGACGAGAUCGCUCACUACUUCGAACGCGCUGAGAAUCCCACCGAUCAAUCUAUGGUGUCCGAUAAACCAAGAACCGUUCCCAUACCGGGCCCAAUGAAGAUACAAUAUUACCCUCACAAGCCUGCGUUCGCCGACGAGGUUCUGAAAGCUGCUGGAGAACUGGGCUAUCAGACGUCUAAACUAAGAGAGUAUAUGCAGACCGGAUUCAUGAUCGCCCCGAUGACGACGGCGGACGGUCUACGAGGCACGACCUCGAGAAAUUAUCUGAGACCCGUGUUCGGCAGAAGGAACCUCAAAGUCCUGAUCAACGCCCAGGUGACGAGGGUUCUGAUGAACCAUUGGGAGGGCAAAGCGUACGGCGUGGAACUGAUAGACAAGAACGGUUUCAAGAGGGUCUUGAAGGCUAAGAAAGAGGUGAUCCUGACAGCCGGGGCGGUCGGAUCGCCCCAGAUUCUGCUGAACUCUGGAAUAGGGCCAAAGGAACAGCUGACCAAGCUUGGAAUGCCCGUGAUCAAGGAUCUACCGGUAGGGAAGAAUCUUCACAACCACGUGUCAGUCGCGGUUCAUUACAGUAUUAAGGACACGGCCUACGAGUCCAUGACGAUGGACAGCGUCAACGAGUAUCUGGAGACCAGAACUGGUCCUCUGACUAGCACCGGACUCACCCAGGUGACCGCGUUCCUUCAAAGCAAUUUCGCGUCCGCUGGCGUGCCUGACAUUCAAAUAUUCUUCGACGGUUUCUCGCCGAAUUGCCCGAGAACCGGUCUGCAAUUCGAGUGUCUGAGCGGUGCCCUCGCCCUCUGCUCGGACAGAAGACAAAUCGUGAUGAGACCGACGACGGUCACCGUGGCCAGUCGCGGAGAACUGAGGCUACGCUCCGCGGAUCCUCUCUCGCCGCCCCUCAUUUACCCCAACUACUUCACCGACACGAAAGAUAUGCUCGUAUUGAUGGAGGGUAUCAAGAAGUCCAUCGAGCUCACGAACACGGAGACUAUGAAGAACUGGGACCUCCGGCUGGAGCCGGUGAUCCACCCACUUUGCACCAACUACCACUUCGGCAGUGACGCGUACUGGGAAUGCUAUGUAAGAUCUGCAACGGGACCUGAGAAUCACCAAUCGGGAACGUGCAGAAUGGGUAACUACAAUGAUGUAACAGCUGUCGUAGAUCCGGAGCUACGAGUGCGCGGAGUGUCGAACAUUCGAGUCGCCGACGCCUCCAUAUUCCCAAUUGUGCCAAACGCUAACCCGAUCGCUGCGAUCAUGAUGACGGCCGAAAAGGCGGCAGACAUGAUCAGGCAUACAUGGUCGAAGAAGUGAACAUCGAUUAUAAAUUUUUACGUAUAUUUUUAGAACGUUUAAAUAAAACUAUUUUUUUAUCAGAAAUACUGAUGUCACCUUUGUUCACUGUGAUCUUCCCUAUUGUUUGGUACCUUUAUAGUAUUUUUGAUAUGUCUGUUAACCUUCAGUCACUUCGCGGAAUGCACAUUUUCUUAUUUAUCCAAUCACUUUUAUAAUCUUUAAUACGGAGUAAUCUAAGCUAUGGGAUUUUAGAUCUUGGAAGUAUUUAUCGAUUUAGAAAGAAGUUGAAAUUCUAUUCUGUAUUGUGCUUAAAUUUGUAACCAUUGCUCUGGUAAAAUGAGCAUUCUAAAAAUCUGUACAAAAAUAUUCAAUACUUUUACUCUGAAUGUGCAUACUACGUACUUUAACUUCAUACAGAAAAUUUACUCUUUGAACUUUGUUUCAAGUCGAU